GCGGCGACCAUGGCGUAUCACGGCCUCACGGUGCCUCUCAUUGUGAUGAGCGUGUUCUGGGGCUUCGUCGGCUUCUUGGUGCCCUGGUUCAUCCCUAAAGGUCCUAACCAGGGAGUUAUCAUUACCAUGUUGGUGACCUGUUCAGUUUGCUGCUAUCUCUUUAUAGAUAACCAGGCCUGUUCCAUUAUAUCUCUUCGUCUACAUACCUGCAUCGGAGAUGCUAGAAAAUCCUGCGCAGCUCAUACCCCAAGCACUGGUUUCCGUUCACCUUUCCUCUCCUACUCCUAA